AUGGCGCAGGAGGGGACGCGGCUGCCGCCGCCCGUGGGCGCGGAGCCGGGGAGCCGGAGCCAGGCGGGGGCAGCCGGGCGGGCGGAGCCGGAGCCGGAGCCCGAGCCCGCGGCGGGGCUGGGCGGGGAGAGCUGCCCGGAGCACGGGCUGGAGCUGGGCUGGUUCUGCGCCGCUCACCGCCGGCCGGUCUGCGCCCAGUGCGCCAGGCUGGGCGGCUGCCGCGGCCACCGCGUGACGGCGCUGGAGGCGAAGGCUGCGGACCUGCGGAAUAAAAUUGUGGAUCAGUGUGAGAAGCUCCAGCUGCAGAGUGCUGCGAUCACCAAAUACAUGGCUGAGGUGCUGCCAGGGAAGAACCAAAGUGCUCUGAAUGCGGCCAGCUGGGCCCGGGAAGUGGUGAUCCAGAGAUUGAUCUUUGUGAGAAAUGUGUGUGAGAACGAAGAGCAGCGACUGCUGGAGAAGGUGCACACGGAGGAGGAGAGGACUCACCAGAGCAUCCUGACCCAGCGAGCUCACUGGACUGAAUCCCUGCAGAAACUGGCUGCCCUCCGCACCUACCUAGUGGAUAUGAUCACCAACCUGGAUGACCACGGCCUGGUGCACGCGGAGCAGGAGAUCUUCGAGAGGACAGAGGCAGCGGAGGGAAUCCUGGAGCCACAGGAGUCCGAGAAGUUAAACUUUAAUCAGAAAUGUGUUCAGAGUCCAUUACUGCACCAGCUGUGGGCCUCUGCUGUUCUCAGCUGUGCCACAGGUUUGGAAGAGGUUCACGUAGAUGAGAAAACCAUCAGCCCCCUGCUGGCCCUGUCCGAAGACAAGAAGACCUUGGCAUUCAGCCCCAAGAAGACAAAGCCCUAUCCAGACUGCCCAGAGCGCUUCGAUCACUGGCCCAACGCCUUGGGCACUCAGGCCUUCCACAAAGGGACCCACGCCUGGAGGAUCCGCGUGGACAAAAGCUGCGCGUACAAAUUGGGCAUUUCUUAUGGCUCCCUGCAGCGCAAAGGGCCUGGCAACGCAGCCCGGCUGGGCUACAACCCCUUCUCCUGGGUGUUCUCGCGCUAUGACAAGGAGUUCCGCUUCUCGCACAACAGCCGUCAUCAGGCGGUGGAGCUAGUCAAGUGCCCCGCGCAGGUGGGCGUGCUGGUCGACUUGGAUGGGGGGGAAGUGCUGUUCUACGACCCUACUGCCUGUGUCAUCCUCCACUCGCACCGUGAAGCCUUUACUGCACCCAUCUACCCCGCGUUUGCCGUGGCUGACCAGAGCAUCUCCCUCGUUCAGUGAACGAGGCCUGGCACGGGCAGCAGCUCACCCGCCAGCUCUGUGCGGAAAAGGGGGAGCUUUCUGCCGAGACGCACAAUUUGGUACACCACCUGCUGGAUCUUCAGUCACUCCAAGCAGCCAGGAUGGGGCUGGCAGCCCGACUGCACUGACACCUUUGUCCAGGGUCCCAGGGGGGCCACACGAAGACUGCUCAAUCAGGGCAAACUGCAAUGAAUGGGGCAGACUAUCCCCCAAGCUGGAGGUUAUUUCUAAUAAUUAGAUUCACCAAUCCAGCAACAAAACAGCUUCUAUAAUAUCUUCCUGGUUACUCAGAAGCCACAAACACGUCCAGCCCUGGGCUCCCACCCAGACAGCCCAGUCAAAGAUGAUGAGGAUUACUGAAAAUCUUAUUCAUCAUAUAAAAAGUUCUACUACGCCCAAAAGUUCGGACACAUUACCUGCCAAGUCACUGAAUAUUUCAGAUCUUACCCAAAUACACACUUACAGCCAAUUCUUAUUAACUAAACUAAGAUUUUUUUAAAAAGGCAAUUGAGUAUAGGUUAAAAGAGCAUUAUACAUACAGAUAUAAAUAAAAUUCUUAGUUUCAAAAUAGAGUCGAGAUGAUAAACUUUAGAGUUGCAAAGAGUUCUUUCAGAAUUAUUUCCAUAGGUUAUAAUUAAGGCUACGAUUUAGUCACGGGUAUUUUUUAAUAAAAGUCACGGACAGGUCAUGGGCCAUAACCCAUGUUAUUGUGACCUGUCCAUGACUUUUACUAAAAAUACUCCUAACUAAAUCUUAGGUGCUGAGGGGUGGAGCGCUCCAGCAGACAUUGCUGCUCAUGGGCGUGGGAGUAGCCUAGGGGGCAGCUGCAGAAUUCACGGAGGUCCCGGAAAGUCAUGGAAGCCGUGACUUCUGUGACCUCCAUGAAAGACUUGCAGCCUUAGUUAUAAUACAGUGUCCAAUAUCAGGGUGAGCCAGACUGGAGCUGGAGACCUCAGUCUUGUGACUCAAACUUCCCCUGAUGAAGCUUAAGCAGAUCUGAGAUAACAGGAUCAGGGCUCAAGAAUGCUUGUUAUAGUUCCUGGCAGUCUCUUGACAGCAGGUAUUCCUGGGGCGAACAAUAAUGGCUUUGAAGUAGAACCUCCUAUUUCCUAAGCACCACUGGUGAUUAGCUGCAUUGUUUAACAUAAGGCAACUGCCCAUCUCCUGCCAUUUACAGGCAGUUUACUAUAUACCACACAGAAAUAAAGACAAUGAUAUUACUACAGUUACGGUUCAUCUCAAUGAAUUAACAGAAUACGGUGACAGACAGGAACCGUUUGGGUACAUUGUCAACCUCUAACAAUAUAUAUGUAAACACACACACUCACACAAUCAUUAUCUGCUAUGAUGUCGCUAAAGGUUGAAUCUGGGUUAGUUACCCUGCUAGUGCUAAACCCCUUCUGGCUGAGUGUCACAUACCUAAAUAGGCUCAGACUUCAGCCCUGGUGCCUGCUCUGAGUUUGUUUCGUAACAGCAGUAGCCCCCUAGAAUUCUUUCUAGGCAAUGUAGUUGCCCUACAGGAUCGGCUCACUGGCCCAUCUUGUCGCGUAGUGGGCCUCUGGCUGGAGCCAAGCCCCAAAGCUUCAGAAGUGGAAACUGCCCAUAAUGCAUCUGGCCAACUGCAAAACACUGUACUUAGAGGGGAAAAAAUCCAUCCUUCCUGACCCUUGCAAGAAAUCAUCUUGUGCCUUGAACCAUGAGAGCUGAUGACCCUGAGCUUAGCCUGCAAAACUGCAACUGUUUAUUGGUCACAGAAUUAUGCAGUUCUUUAACACUCCAGGAUUUGCCAUCUUGUCCUGCUGUCUGAACUGCAACAAAUUUUGCUUUGGCCUAAUCCCUUUGCCAACGCUCCAUUGACAGUGCUGUCAGUUGGUGGCUGUGUGUGUCUCCUCUCAGCGUGCUGCACCGGAUCUGGCCAGGUAGCUGAUACAGCAGACCUUGCGUAAAGUGCCCAAGACCACCACAGACUUGGUUCGGUGGCAAAGGCACUCGGCCAGGUUUAUUGUGAAUGAAGCAUGGGCCUAGUGGCUGGUAGACUCUUUGAGGACACACACGUAUUGAGUGGUGGGACCUUCUACUCCCCCGAGGACGGAUAAAACAGUGCUCCUGCACCCCCUCUUUUAUACACUGACACAAACACGUUACAUACCCCCCCCCCCCGAUGUGAUUAGCCACCACCCUUUACCUUGUACCUGUCAGCUUAAGCCUGCCCUUCAGGCCUUGUUUCACUCGGGGUCGGUGUGUUCCUGUUUCAUCGCCCAGCAUUGUGUUUACGUCUGGAAUGUGCACACAGCAAUACUCUGUGCCUAGCACUUCUCGGGCGUGCCUGUGUGUUUUGUCAAGGUCGUGUGUCAGACAGGGAGCCUGCGAACAGGCAGCUGCUGUGUAACAGGGCCUGACGCUUGCUCACUUUGCUUUAUAGCAGCAGGGCUUGACUUUUGCUCACUUUAGUUCAGGCUUUAGGCCUUGUAUCAGGCCCCAUGCUUUGGGCUCUCUGUCUACUACAUAUAGCAAUUAGCUCUACCGAGAGCCGAAGCCUCACAUACAGUGCGGCUGCUGCAGCCAAUGUGGCCUUGGGGCUCCAGGAACAGCUGUCUACUUGGGGGGCUAGUUAUGCCGGACAGAAAAGAGGUGCCCUACACUGAAGCCUGAACUCAACACUGGCACGUGCAAUCUGCUCAGCCUUGGUGGGGACGUGCAGUGGUUACAGCCCUAGCCGGAAAUGUGGGCAAGUCGUGAUUCUGACUGUGCGACACACUGGGAUGAGUCCAGUAAUAACCGUGCCUCAGUUUCCCCUCUGUAUGUGGGGUUGCCCUGCCAGACCUCAGCAGGGAGUGGCAAGGCUAAAUUCAUGGCUGCACGAGAGGUGCGCAGAGUCUACCAAGCUGAGCGCCAUAAAGAAGCCUGUCGAUAAUACUAUGUACAAUCUGGUUCAUUUGUUGGGGGUGGGUUCAGGUUACAAGUAGGGACCCUGGCCUGGGCUGGUUUCUCCCCUUUUUAAACAUAAGUAUCUUGAUUUUUAACCCCCUGACUGUUGCACGCUCCAGGCUUGUCUAGACGACCACUUAGUUUGCAGCAAGCUGGGCUGUGCGUUUAGUUUGCCACGCACUGAAGUGCACUUUGAUCUGCUCCUGUUUCAAAGUGGAUCAGCAACAGGGUCACCAUGGCCGGUUAGUGUGUGGCAGGGUAGUGCGGGGUAAACUGCUGCACACUAGCUGUCUAGACAAGCUCUUAGGCUGCUUUGCACAGCACCUGCUGGGGCAUUGCCACACAGCUGCAAGUCCAGGCACUGGGAGCAGUGCAGCCAUCACUGCGCAGCAUUGGCAAAAGCAUCUGCUGAGGUUUGGGCAGCGAAAGGGCCAUUGGCUAGUUUCUCUUGCCAGCCAAGCUCCCAUCAGCCUCUGGGAAGCAGCAAGUGCCCUAGUGCUGGGCUGCUCUGGUUUC